AUGUCUCCAAAAGUUUAUUCUUAUCCUGAAUCUGCAGAAGUUUCGUCUGCUGUAGGCCAACAUGUUUUGAAGUUACAAGAUGAGGCAUUGGCUAAGUCUUCGACCUUUAAGAUUGCCUUAUCUGGUGGAUCAUUAGGAAAAGUGUUGAAAAAGGCACUUAUAGAUAACGCUGAGGUUGCUCCAUUAGUCAAAUGGGGUCAAUGGCAAGUCUAUUUCAGUGAUGAAAGAUUGGUAGAAUUGGCACAUGCUGACUCUAACUAUGGGUUAUUCAAUGAGAUGGUUUUAACUAACCUCCCAGAAUCUGUCACCAAGCCACAAGUUUACACAAUUGAUGAAUCACUUCUUUCUGGGAAGGAUGGUCAAGUUGAAGGUGCUGACAAUGCGAAGGACCAGCAAAUUGCGGAAGCUUAUGAAGCUACUCUCCCAUCUAAAUUCGAUUUGAUUUUGCUUGGUUGUGGUCCUGAUGGUCAUACUUGUUCUCUUUUCCCUGGCCAUGGGUUAUUAGAGGAAAGAUCCAAGAAGAUUGCAUACAUCAGUGACUCACCAAAGCCACCUCCAAGAAGAAUCACAUUCACAUUCCCAGUGUUGGAAAACGCUUCAUCAAUUGCCUUUGUUGCUGAAGGUGCUGGUAAGUCCACCAUCUUGAAGGAAAUUUUCGGAGACAAGAAUAGUCAAUUACCAUCUAAAUUGGUUAAUGACUUGGAUACUGGUGUUCAAGUUUCAUGGUUUGUAGAUGACAGUGCCAUCAAUGGUGUUGAUGUCCUUGCUUCCAAGUACUAG